UUGCUUACUAUGGAUACUAACAGCAGUAGAAAUAGUGACAGAUCUCCAAAUGCUUUCUAAAUACCAAACAACGACCAUGGCUGCUAUAAGGAAAAACAAAUCUCCUUUAAUGACCGCUGCCGUAAGCUGCUCCCGCUUACGGCAGGUCCAGGCUCUGCUAAGGGAUGAUGUUAAUACAGCUCCAGAUGGCAUCCUUUGCUCCCUGGGUAUUGACAGCCGCUACAAUGAAGGCUGCAGCGAGCUGGCUAGCUACCUUUUCUGCGGCUUGUAUAAACACAACCAUUUUGACAUGGAACAGAUCCCAGAGGACUUCCCAGAGGAAGUGCUGGAUGAUGUGAUCAUCCUUAUUAAGGCAGAGUGUGUGCAUCUGUACUGCAACCCAGUGAAUUAUGUGUACCUGCUUCCCUAUGUAUCUCACUGGAGGAAUCUGCAGCUUCAUUGUCUGACCGAGACAGAAUAUGAGGAUGAAGAGGUUGCGGAGGAAUUUAAAAUCUCAAGUUUUGUGUCCAUGGUUCAAGACUGCCGUUGCAUUGGAAUUCCCUACAGUUCACAUGGCCAUGUUCAGAAGUUUGACAUGUUCAUGUUGGAGAAAUGGCCCAUCGUUCAGGCAUUUGCCUUGGAAGGAAUUGGGGCUGGAGUGUUUUUCACCAUGAAAUAUAAGCUCACAGAUGUAAGUCAGAGACUUUGGCAGGUCUACAGCAGAUUGGACCCAGCGUCUCUGGACUCCCUUCUUAAUGAGGAUCUUCAGCUUUUCGAAAGACAGUGGAGCUGUCUGUUCUCCAGUAUGGAAAUCGAGAGUGCACUUUCCAUGCAGGAACUGUCAGAGGCCCAAGUUGCAGAGCCUUUCAGAACAUAUUAUUCGCAUGGCCUUAUUUCCAGCAAUAUCACAGACAAGAGUAAAAGCAGGCAGCCAUUUGUGUUGUUUGGGAGCCACUCUACUAAGGAAGAUAUGGAGAACUACUGUUUCACCUUCCCUUCUGAAGGCCACCAGGUUCGCAACACUGGCCCUGGUGGGGGUGUUGCCAAACACAUGCUGCUGCAAUGUGUGGCUCCUAAAGGGCCACUAGCCUGUGCUCGAACCUAUUUCUUUGGAAGCACACAUGUCCCAUACUUGGGAAAUGACAACAUCCAGCAGAAGGGCACAGAUCUCCAGCUGCUUUCACAUAUCUACUCAGCUGUGGUUCAGUCUGUACUAGCAGGAAUCAAAUGUUUCUCCAUCAACUCCAGUGCUAGUAAGGCAAAGGAUGUAGCCGAGCAAACGUUUCAGCUGGCCUUGGACAACUUUGGGUUGAUUCAGUACAGGGGAGCGCUCAGAUCCAAAGCUGUGUUUAGCAUACAGGCUGUCAACAAUGAGGGAACAAUCAUUCCCCUCAGUGAGGAGGACAGUCGCUUUAUGGUAAAAACUGCGUCCAUGAUGGUGCACGAUAUCCCAGAUCUCCAGUGCGGAGGAAACCUGGGAUCAGUAGUUUUCUCUGAGUCCUUUCUAGAGUCCAGCGUUUACAUUCAGCAGAGAGAUGGCGCUCUUUCCUCUGACAGCUGUUUCACUGUGCUCACUUCCUCAGUUCCUCGCCAUGUCUGCUGGCUGGUAGAUGAGGCUGAUGUGCGAAUGUCUGAACAGGCUCAGCAUCUGCUGAAGGAAGAGGAUGGUACGUGUUUGGGCAUUCCUCUAACAGUGAGAGACUCUGCCUACAUGUUCUCCAACAGCCUGCUGUCUACACCUGAGGAAGGGAAACUGGUGUUUUUCUCUGAGGGUAUCCUGUUUGUGCAUCCUCGUCACGGCUCCAUUACACUCUCUAUGAGUCACAUCAACACCAUUAAGCUCUAUGAUGGGGGCUCUCUGUCUGAUGUUUCAAUGCUGUUCAUCAAGUAUCAGACCUCUCUGCUUCCGCACCUUCCAUUCCCUUUACACAGUGCUGAUUUCUCUCUGGCUAUCGCUCUGCUUCCCAGAACCAAGAGCUACAAAAGCUUCUAUUCACAGGUCCUGCCAGCUUGGCGUAAGUCAGACUCUGGGUUGAGAGUGCAACACGUCCUCAAUGAUCAGCUGAGCCCUGAGCACAAGAGCAUGUACUUCAGGCUGUUAAAGCUUCAUGAGAUACAUACACCAGCGGCAAACAGCCACAGAGCUGUUCUGAAGACUGCUUAUCCACAGCUGCCUGAGCAGGACAGGUUCCUUCUGCAUUUUGCCAUCAGCAGUAGCGUGGGUGAAGAAUCUGUCUGUAGCGACCACUUGUCUACUGUGUUUUCAGACACAGCACCUGAAAACAUCAAACCUGAAUCCAAGAUAAAGGUGGUCCUCACUAUCAUUGCAGGCUUGCCAGGCAGUCAUAAGGAGAAUCUGUGUGAUUUCUUGAUGGAAGUGAAUCAAAAUAGCGCCAGGUGGGAGGUGUUUUGCCCUGCUCUGGAGGGCUCUGAGGAAUUCAGUGCGUCACACCUUCAGCGGUUCCUGAGCAGCCUUCUGGCCAAACAGAGGGAGACGGAUUUGAAUUCAACCAGAGUUGUGCUGCUUAUACCAGGGUACACCGAUGUGCUAGAUGUAAUCCAGGCAAUCACGGCUCAUCCAGAUCCACAAGUUCACAGCCAAGUGACAGUGGGUGCCAUCUCAGCAUGUGUCAACCCACUCACAUCCUUCAUCAAACACAGGCUUCUCUUCCCCAAACUCCUGGAGCAGUGCAGUCAGGGCGUCGUCAGCAAUGUUAUCUUCACGGGUUUGACUACCGAGCAGAAGCACCCACUUCUCAAACACAUGCAGCAGCUGAUCCGUGCAGCCAAUCCCAGCACUGCAUUUAUCUCAGCAGAGAAAUGGGCGGUUAGAAGGACUGAAGAUAUACGGCUUAUUCUGAAUGACAGCAGUUUCUCACAGUCUCGUAUGAUCAAUGCACGAUACCUGCUGUAUCCUGGCUGGUGGGAUGGCAGGUUUGUUUCUGGAAGUGGAUCACUGUCUAUGUCUCAGCAUUGCAUUGAGUUCAGUCGUCCAUUGGAAAAAGCAUUAUUUCUGCAGCGCUGCAAAGCUCUGAAAUCCUCUCUCAAACUCAGCUCUUUCACAGGAAACAUCUAUCACAUCAGUGGGAAAGUGCUGUUCUCUGACAAUGACAGACAGAUGGUGGUAAACUGUAAUUCUAUCAGUGGGAAUGUGACCAUUGCCCCUGAUCAGGGGACUCACCAUGGCCCACGGACAACAAACAACUGUUAUCUAAUGUUUCACGGAGUGGGGCUCACCCAAGAGGGGCUGAAAGACUGGCUUCGGCAUUGUGCCAAACAGAAAGUUGCAAAAAAAAUCAAGAAGAAUAAGAGGACGCUCACCCCACAGGAGAUCAGAUACAUUCAUGUGAAAAGCCACCUUGAUCCUCUCCCUCCCGGUUACUUCUACAAUGGUCAUCACUUCGUCAGUUUCUUUGGAGAAAAGCAAAACUUCCAUCCUCUGAUGGAUCAGUUCAUUGAUGAAUACGUGCAGGAGGCCAAUAAAGAGAUUGAACACUUCAACAGAAAGGUGGACCUGCAGCCACAUGUUGACCUCUUCGACCCCUAAUCCUCUCAUCUGACAAAUUCACUUUCCGGGAAAAGGGAGGGGAGGGUCACUUUACAAUCACUAACGUCCACUAUCCAAUUACCCGCUCAAAACCAUCCAUUUCACAUGUUAGAAUGAGGGAUUUGCUGUUGAGAGAUGGGGAGGAUUUAGCUCACAGCCAGGAAGAAAUAUCACAGCCUAAUGAGAGAUCCUUUGCCCAACAUACCAUGACUGUAAAUAGUACCAGCGCCCUGAGAAAGCUGAAACGCUGUUGUGUAAAACAGCACUGCUAAAGCCUCAGAUGUGUCAAAACAUUCCUGUAAAGAACAAUAUUUUCUCUGUAUUAUAAAAUAGAAGGUAAACAGAAAUUCGAGGCUUAUAUAGAGGCUACAAGGGAUGCCCAGAUCAUUACUCUCUCCGGUGUGUACAUACUGUAGUGCUGAGGCUCCCUGCAGUGAAGGUUGUUCUACUGUAAUUCCAGUGCCUAGCAGACAUAUUGAGCUGAAUCGUAAUGAAGGUUGUCAGUGAGGCUGAAAGUGAUCAAACAGAAGGCUCAUUUCCAGCAAUGUGCAUCUGGAAAAGCAGGUGCACUGCACCUGCCCUCAGUCAGCCUCUGUCAAUCUUUCGACCCCUGCUGUGUGGAUCAGGGCUGAGGAUCUCUCAUGUGCUGCAGUUCUCUUGUCAGCCAUUCCAAAGUCAUUAACUGACACGCCGGUGCUUCAAGUAACCCCAUUUCGGGAGGGUUAGGGAAUCAGGGUAUGAUGGAGGGUUUAUUAUUAGAAGUUUUUAUGUGUUCUUAAUCAGAUUGACUUGUUGGUGUUGGCUUCGUUUGUAGCACCAGGGAUCGGUUUGGUGUGUUAAACCCAUGCUUGCCGAGCGUGUGCUGGUACAAAAGCAUGGCAGAAGCAGAAUGUGUGCUUAUAUCACCCCUGUACUGUAUUAGAUCCGUACCGUUCGGUAUUACGGUCAUAUUUUAACUCUAUCUUGGGGUGUGUGUCAUUCUAUGCAUGUUUACUUGGACUAAUCACACACAGCAGGAGAGCAGCAAUGUCUUGUGUGUGUAUAUACACACACAUUUGAACUUUUGUCUAUAAGACGAGCCUUAAAAGUAAUGUUUUGAAACAAUUACAGCGCUACUAAAGGGAUGCACUUCCAAAGAAACCCAGACACUGCUGGUCUCCUCUGUGCUGCAAUAUACUGUACCGGUGUUAAUACACUACAUGGUUAGCAGUUCUUUCACCAAGCCAUAUUCACUCUUUACUGUGGAGAUUUAUGAGCUACAUAGUGCUAAUGUUGCUAUGGGCCUUUUUAGUGUUCCUUUAGAGAUUUCUAAUAUGGUAACUUUGCCUUUAUGUCUCUUGACACUUCUGUACCUUGUCAGUAUGCAAGUGCAGUUUUACUCAAGGCCACCCUGUUGUGAAUAAACUCUGAAAGGACGUUGCUGAGAUGUAGAUCCGACAAGCAAAGACAAACCGACUACUCACUAAUAGGUGACAGAGCCUCAGAGGUAAGCAGUCACUUCACGAGUGCUGAAACACAGUCAUCGAUGUGCCCCACACACACACACACACACACACCGCUCAUUUAGCUGGUGGUGUCACUAUUAGUCGGGUUUUACACAGCAACUGUCCUUAAUGGGUACAGGGCUACGUAAUACUUAUAUAAUGUGUAGUUCAAAGUAGCGGACAUUUUUAGCACAUACUAUCCGCAUGUGUUAAGAUGUCUUAUGAAGUUCUAUUUAUGC